GGGUUGAUUUAUUUAUCCGGACGACAUAAACUUUGUUUAAAUUUAUGCGUUAAUUUUGUUAUCAUGUAUAUAAUAAGUAUAUAUAAUUAGGUAUUCAAAUAAUGUUAAGCAAAUAUUUUGUAUGUAUAUUAGAGUGGGUAAAUUUUUUUCUUGACAAAGUGGUUAUCAAAAUUGUAAACUACGAUGAAUUCGAAGAAAAUUUGCCCAAGAAACCAUUGGUCUAAAAUUUUUAACCCUUUAUGCCCUCUUAGAUUUUUUUCGAAAAUUUCUUAAAAUGUUCCUUAUUUCAUCACCUUUUUACCCCCCAAAGGGAAUUUUGGGACAGCAAUAUUUGUAUGAGCUACAAAUAAAAAACCAACUCAGAACAUGGUGAAAAAUCAUUGAUUUAUGCACUAUUAUUAUCUGCAAUUAGCGUAACCCAGGAUUGACGACGUGGACGUAGCAGACAUUGGAUCCCUUUUUGUUUUUUUUUUUUUUUAUUUUUUAAUAGUUUUUUUUUUAAUUCUUUUUAUUUUUCAAAUUUUUAAUUUUUUUUUUCGGUUUUUGUUUUUUAUUUAAAAUUAUUAUGUACUUGAAUCUAAUCUAAUUUUGUACUAUCGUGAAAAACUUUACGACCCAACAAAAUUAAGAGCUUACAAAAAACCAACUAUAAAUUUUGACUGCACUGAUUAUGUUGAGAUGAUAAACUUAGAUGACAAUAGCAUUUUGUCGGAGCCGCCCUUCACUGCAAACAUACCCUAUUGCCAUUUGUUCGAAUACAUAGACUUUGACAAUCCUCCACUUCCGGAUCCACAAAUUCUUCCACAUAUUCAAGGAACCGAGCGCUUUGUGCAACUGCUGACUAGCGUUUCACGUCGAACUAUAGAAAAAAAUCGUGAUGGUGUUAUGGCAGUCACGGUUGCCAGUCGAAACGCAACAUCUAGGAUGGACAGCAAACAAGACCUUAAAACUAAUUAAUUGUGAACUUUACAAGUAUAUUAUAUUUUGUUUGGCCCUUAACAGUUAAGUUUUUGCUUUAUAUAUACAUAGAUAUAAAAUGAAAUUGUUAACUGCAAUACGAUUUCGCGGAAGAUUAAAGCUAUUAAAGUUUGAAAUUUUAUUUAUUAUUAUUUUAAUUUUUAUGAAAAGUUUCUCGUUAAAAACCGGAAGCUCCAUUUUGAUUUUAGACCCAUGGUUUCUUGGGCAAAUUUUCUUAGAAUUCAUCGUAGUUUACGAUUUUGAUAACCGCUUUUUUUGCUCUAUACAAAUUGACCCACCCUAAUGUAUAUAUUAGGUUGGCAAAUACUAUACAUUUUCUAACCUACAAAAUGGGGCUAUGUAUGAUUAGUUUGGAUAUUGCGUUCUACAGUUAACGUUCCGUGAAAUUAAUGGUGCUUUGGUAUUUGGGAUGGUACUCUAUCACUUCGAACUGCAGACCGGCGGAAGACCUGUGAUGACGAAUACCCACCAAAUCAUGGAAAACAUCGAGUUAGACCGAUCCAUCUGCAUAAGGUUGGAUACACAAAAAGCUUGAAUUUUGGGUUACGCGUGAUUUGACGCAAAAAAGCCUUCUGGACCGAAUCAACGCCUGCGACAUGCUGCUGAAACGGAACGAACUCGACUAAUUUUUGAAGCGGAUGGUGACUGGCGACGAAAAAUAGUUCACAUACGACAAUACCAAGCGAAAACGGUCGUGGUCGAAGGCCGGUGAAUCGUCCCAAAUAGUGGCCAAGCCGGGAUUGACGGCCAGGAAGGUUUUGCUGUGUGUUUGGUGGGAUUGGAAGGGAAUCAUUUAUUCUUCUACGAGAGGGGUAUUAUAAAGUUACCGUCUGGAUGGAAACAGAUUAUCGAACGAAACGGCUCAUAUUUGAACUAAAUCCGAUCAUUGUAACACUUUUUAUAAAGCAUUAAAUAAAGAGCAAAACAGCAGAAGAAAUUAUACUCUCGCAACAUAUUUCACAGAGAAUUAUAGUUAUGUUCAUAUAACGGCUGUUUGAGUCACCUAAAAAACGAGUUACAUAUACCAAAGUGGUCAGGAUCACGAGUAGAUUUGAAAUCCAGUCUGUCCGUCCGUGCAAGCGAUAACUUUAAUAAAAAUUGAGAUAUCUUGAUGAAACUUGGUACAAGUGUUCCUUGGCACCAUAAGAAGGUUGAAGGUUGAGGAUCACUGCCAUGUCCACAAACUGGCUACAAAUCUAUACAAAAAUCUAUAAAGUGACAUAACUAAGCUAGUUACAAAAUUAUGAAAGCAAAAUUCAGUAUAGACACUGGAGAGGCAUAUUUAAGUGCAACUUUUCUAAGAAAGUGGGCGUCGUUCCACCCCCAAUUCAGAUUUUCGUAUAUAACUCUUAAACUACUUAAGCUAUAUCAACUAAACUCUCUGGAGUCAUUUCAAUUAUGUAUUCCAUUAUGCAGCAUGAAUGAUGAGAGCGUGGUUAUAAUCCGAUUUCAUUCAUUUUCAUGCUGCAUAUAGAGGGCCUUAAGCAAAUUAUAUCAGGAAGUUUGGUUUAUAUAACUAUAGCAGUUUACAUGUUAUGUUCAAAAAAUCUAGUAAGGCGUGGCCAAGCCGACUUUUUUAAUUCCAACGCCUCUCUGGUAUGAUUCAUUUUGUGUAUCUUAAUUUAUAGAUUAAAUUAUGGCUUUAUAGCUUUUCGAUUAUAGCCAUUUUGUGGGCGUGGCAAUUAUCUGAUUUCGAGUUCGAAGAUACUGUAGUUUUUAAUUAAGUUAUCGUUUGCACAAACGGACGAACAACGAGCAUACAUACAUUCGGAUUUCAACUCUACUCAUCAUCUUGGUCGUUUGAUAUACUCGUACAUAACGCCAUAUCUAACUCGUUUAAGUAUAGGUGUUACAGACAACACUUAUGUUAACAAAUCUCUUACACUGUCUGUGCAACAUGUUGCGAGAGUAUAAAAACGGACCCGGAAUUGGAUCCAAGCGAUUUCUUUUUGUUCCCACAUUUGAAAAAGUCACUGAACGGAGUUAACGACAUAGCAUUAAGAUCAAUGUAGUAAGUUAGUCUAAAGUAAUAUUAAUAAAGAGCACGAACUUCGUUAUUAACUACGGGCAGAUAUUUCGAAAUGAGAUUUGUGGAAGUUAUUGCAGCCAGAAAAGAUAUUUUGGGUUAAAGAAGUUAAAGAAUCGCUGGGACAUGUGUAUCGAGGGAACGAAAGAAAUAUCGAGAAACAAAUCGCCAUUUUUUCUAGAAUCUUCAUUUCUUUAUGCGAACAAAUAAGGGAAACAAAAUUUUAAAGUAGAUUUCAAAAAAUAUUCGGGACACACGACAAGUGAAACAAAUCAACAAAUAUAUUUCUUCCUAUAUCAAGAUAACUAACAGCACUUACGGUACAAGACUAGCAGUUAAAUGUAGUCUAAAUAUAACGUUCAAAUAUAACGUUCAAAUCAGCAGAGAAAUGAUGGAUUGAAUAUUAUUUCCUUAAAUUUAUUAUUUGCUAAAAUAUCUUAACGGUAUAGAGACAACCGCACAGAUAAUGAUAUAUGCAAGGCGUCUAGCCCACGUGGAUAAAUUGUUUUUGGAAAAUCUUACUUCGUUAAUAUUUUAAAUCUCCGUUAUUCUCAAUCGAAGCUUACCAAACGCCUUGCAAGUACAUAAAACGACAGGUAAGAAUAUCAAUCAUCAAAAACACUUCAAAACAGGAUUUGUAGACAUAUAAAAUGCACUCUAGAAUUAGGAUAAAUCAGUUUAAUUCCAACAACGGUUGUAAAAGGACUAAAAAAACAUGGAUUGUUAUUCAACAGGAAUGUCUGGCGGAUGUUUCAUCACCCUUACACCAGACGAAUUAAAACUGGAAGGAAGCAGGGCACCAGUAGAAGAGAUGCCAAGUAAACCCAAACAGAAGAGGACGAAAUUCCGGCCAAGUCAUGUGGAGAUAUUGGAAAAGGAGUAUCUGAAGCAUCCCCUACUAAGGCCGGCACGAAGAGCUGAACUGGCGAAGCAGCUUAAUAUAAAGGAAUCCAGCCUGAAGAUUUGGUUUCAGUAUAAACGCAGGAAGGAGAAACGAAAGGGUUUACAAAAAAUUGUCAACUCACCAGUUCCGGCACAUAAGCCCACACAAGUUUAUAGUUCUGUUGACUAUCGUUCUGCGACAAAUGGUUAUACUCCGACUUUGAUGUCUAACACACAAUUUCCAUUAUGCAGUUCUACAUAUUCUCCGCUGAUUUCUCCUACUUCGGAAACUGUGUCAACGCAAUUUUCUCCAUGUAGUUUUACAAAUGCUUAUCCUACAAACAUUCAACCAAUACCCGUUAACGCUCAAGUAUAUAACCAAAUUGCACCAAUUAACUGUGAAAACGUUUCUUCGUGGGCCGAAAUGCUUCCUCCUAUUGUUGAAUCUGCAUACUCACAACCACCACCAAUCAAUUCUACUGAAUAUUUGUAUCCUUUGGCUAAUACUAAUACUGCUGCAUCUGGAACCCAACAAUUCUCGACAGAUUAUCCUUUGAUUUCACCAGUAUCGGUAGAAAGCAUUCCCUAUACACCGGAAUCAGUAGUACAACAAAAUGAGAAUACUGAUCUAUACUCCGUAAUAGAAGAAUACCUUGAAUCAGUUGAAGUACAAGAUACAAAUUUGUGCGGUUUGAAUCAAGGAGAUACAGUUCCAUCGAGUUCAGCAAUCAAAUGUAAUCCGUCGGACUAUGUGGCGGACGCUGAGAUAAACAAUCCUUUGGAUUUGAUUAACAUGUUCUAUGCAAAUUAAUAUGACAAGGGCUUAUCUAUCCGGACGACAUAAACUUUGUUUAAAUAUAUGUAUAUGCUAAUUUUGUAUUUGUAUAAUUUUAAAGAAAUAUUUUUUCAUGUAUUAUAUGUAGUCAGAAGUAAAAAUAAAUUAAAAAAAAAAAACAAAAUUUGAUUGGUUUAUUUUUAACAUUUUGCUGGCUAGUACGACCACAUUUUAAAAAUUUAUAAAUUUUAGUGGGAUCUAUAGCUCCGUUUGUGGCUUCAUAUAGAACUAUAUAAUUUUUCAAUGGACUUUUUUUUGUUAGUGUAGCAAUGCUCCUCAUACAUAAUACUUAUCCCAAGAGAUAUCAAGAGCUUUCAAUGUUUAAUUUCUUUAACUUGAAAUAUUCGUCAAAAAUGCUUAUAUUGGAUCUCACACCAAUUGUCAAUCCUUCAAAAAAGGCUCAUAUCGAUUGAUCGAGAAAAAUGUAAAAAAUACGAUAACGGUGCUUCAGAACACUUGUCUUUCAAGAAAUCAGGAAAACCAAUCUCCAAAUACGGAUCAGAUUUCACCAAUAAGUCAAGUUCUCUCGCUUCGACUGAAAUAAGUGCAUUCUUGAGCUCUUAAAACAUCUAAUUGAUGAGUCAUUGACCGUAUAGUCCUGGCUUGCUACUAAAUGACUUUUUAUUCUCAUACGUAAAAAGAGGUGGCUGGAACGUUCAGAUUGAAUCAAUACUCGAUAUGUGUACUGAUGAGUUUGAAAUUGGUAUUAUAACUAAGAGGAAAAAUAUUGAUGUUAUGCUUCGACUACUAAUACUACUAAUGGAAUAACCAAUAAAUUUGGAAAGGAAUGAAAAAAUCACGUGAGCACAAUGGUGAGUAACAAUUCACCACACUCUUAAAUAAUCACAACAACAACUGUAUGCAGACUUGGUGAAUUUCAUGCACAGCAUGAUUGCCCAAAAAGUGUUCUACAGGAAAGGAAGAACAUUUUCAUUGUAAAUGUGUGUUGUUGCUAUAAUAAUGUGUUUCGAGAUGUGUUGUCUGAUUGGACUAUCACACCCGACUUGGCGCUGAGGCUGCCAGCGGCCGAUUAGUGAUUGGAGCUCGAUGGAAGGCUUAAAACAAACAAAGAAUUACGUGUUAUUUAUUAAAAAAUCAGACUAAAUAGAAUAAAAAAAAAAUUCUUUUGAAAUAAAAUAAAAUAUGAUUAUUAAUAUACAGGCUACCCUUUGGCAAAAACUCAAUAAUUUAAUUGUCUUUUCAUAAGCUGUAACAUAUUUUUAGGAUAAUUUGCUAAAUCAAUAGUAUUAUAUUUUAUUUUUAUCAGGACCACAAAUGCAAUGGUGGAGUUAGGGCUCAUAAAAUCUUAAAAUUUACGUCAAGCGCUGGCUCCCUAAACGAUGACUACUUCUCAGGGAAUACGUGAAGGCACUCGGUCUAGUAUUGCUGAGGGCCAUAACUGGUCUAAACAUACUAGAUUAACUUAACCUAAGUACUGCAUAAAUUUGAAAAUUUAGUGUGUUCUGAGUAAUAUAAAAAAAAUGAGAAAACUUUGACGUUUUGCUGCCAUUUCCUGGAAAAUGUAUUUUUACCAGUUCAUGCAUUUAAUCCCUUUUUUAUGCCCAUAUAUUGUUUUCUCUUCACAAUAAAUUUAGUGCCUUUUUUGAAUAAAGCAGAUAGUAGAAUAUGUUAAUAUCACGCCUUGAAUAGCCCACGUGGAUUCCCCUAAUAUUUGGGGAGUGACGUUUUCUUCCUUUGAUCUAUUGUUUUGUGGAAAAUCUUACUUCGUUAAAUUGGCGAGUGUUGCCGAAGAUUUUAUACUUUCGGAAUUUAUUAUUCGGCUCGUAUAUUCAAAAGUCCGUGAAAUAACUAAAAUCGACAUAUGACCAAUAUCAUUCAUUCAUUUUCACGACCCAUCAAUAUUAUACCCAAGUUUAUACGCUUACUUAAUUAAGAAGCUAAGAUAUCUUACAGAUUAAACGAUUUAUACCUGUAUUAUUAAGUCAGUCGGUAGUUUGAAAAUCCUAAUAUACGGUAUAUGGGAGUCAGGGAAAGUAAUUUUAUCCAUUUUUGGCACAUAAUACUGGAAGAAAAGGAUUCCCUCUGAAUUACAUUAAAGGGGCUAUACCAGUAUGAAAUUUUCAAAAAAUCAAUAUUUUUAAUUUUUGGCUUAUUCGAUACUUAAUACUUUUGAAAAAUAUCCUGUAAAAGCAUUAAGUUCAUAUCUUGAAUAGAUUUUGAAUGGAAGCGUUUUAAAGAACGACCGCUUGCAGGCAAAGCCCGUCAUAGUCUAGAAACGACUUUUCUCAAAUUUGCUGACAUCAUAACUCAACGAGAAAUUGAAAUUGAACUUCAAAUUUAAACUGAGUAUUCUUGAAUAUAUUUACGAUCUUUUUGAUUUGUUGAAAAUUGUCAAUUUGGCAUUAAAAAACUACCAAUUUUUAAAUAAAAAACCGACAGUUUUUCAGAAAUACGUCAUUUUGUUAAUUUUUGAUAUUUUUCAAAUUUGAAAUAUCUUUAACUUUAAUAUCCUUUUUGAAUUUUUUUGUUUCAGCUACUCAUACCUCCCAAGAUAGCACACAACUCCGUUAUUUUUUCAAUAUUUUUGUAAAAACAAAAAUCGUAAAAUAUAGCUUAAAAUAUACCUUAUUAUGUCCAAAAGACUUCGAAAUAUACUUUCGAGCACUUUCAUUGAAAAAAAUCACGAAAAUCGCCUAAUUUUUCAUGGGUUACACUAGUAUGGCACUGCACUGGUGGCUUUAUGUUCGAUAUUUGGGGCCUUGAAAAUUUAUAGUCCAUUUACGACAAUAAGUGAUACCAAUCAAAUGCUACUGUUACAAAACUUUACACAGUUUUGUUCCGAAUUCAAAAUUGAGUUAUAUGGCAAGUAGGCGUGGUUGUUAACCGAUUUCGCUUACUUCAGGGUGUCAACAAAAUAUUCUUUCAACUCAAACUCGUCAGCCUGAUCCCUUUCGUAUAUAUAAUCGUAUAUCUAAUAGGUGACAUAAACAACCGUUAUGUUACUAUUAUACUCUGUGCAAUAAGUUGCGAACGUUUAAAAACACUACAAAUCAUGAUGUGUAAACAUAUAAAAGACAUUCUAAAAAUGGAAUAAAUCAGUUAAUUUCCAACCGUUUAGCAAUCACCACAGCAGUACUAAAAGAAAAUAUGAAUGUCACGAAACCUAAACGUAAGUGUUCAAAAUUUCGGCCACAUCAACUGAAAAUAUUAGAAGAGGAGUUUCAGAAGCAUUUCUUUCUGAGGCCGUCACGUAGACCUGAACUGGCGAAGCUGCUUAAUUUAAAGGAAUCCAGCCUAACGACCUGGUUUAAGAAAAGGCGCAGCAUUGAAAGAGAAAAGGGUAAUCAAAAAAUCGUCAAAACAUCAGUUCCAGCAUAUAAACCUAAACAAUUGCAUAGUUCUGCGUCGAAUGAUGAUACUCCGACUUUGAUGUCUAACACACAAUUUCCAUUAUGCAGUUCUACAUAUUCUCCGCAGAUUUCUCCUACUUCGGAAACUGAUACAACUGAUACGCAAUUUGGUCAAUGUAGUUUUGGUAAUACAUAUCCUUCUAAUAUUCAAUCAAUAACUGUUAAAGCUCAAGCAUAUAACCCAAUUAACUGUAUAAACGUUUUUUCGUGGGGAGAAAUUGUUUAUCCUUUUGUAGCACCUUCAUACUCUACUGAUUAUCAAUAUCAUUUGGCUAAUACUAAUACUGCUGCAUCUGAAACCCUACAAAUCUCGACAGAUUAUUCUUUGAUUUCACCAGUCUCGGUAGAAAACAUUCCAUAUACGCCGAAGUCACUUAAACAACAAAAUGAGAGUUCUCUCUACUCCGUAAUAGUAGAAUGCCUUUCGGCACUUGAAUUAGUUGAGGCACAAGAUACAAGUUGGUGCGAUGUCUACAAUUACAAUAACUGUGUGGACCAAAUAUAUACAGUGGAAUCGAGUUCAGCUAUCAAGUGGAAAUCUUCGGACUAUGUGCCUGACGCUGAGAUAAACAAUCCCUUAGAUUUGAUUAACAUGUUUAAUGCAAAUUAAGACGACGACCCUUUAUUUAUCCGGACGACAUAAACUUUGUUUAAAUUUAUGAGUUAAUUUUGUAACAAUAUAUACGUAUUAUGUAUAUAUGUGGGUAUUCGAAUAAUUUUAAGCAAAUUUUUUUUUUUAUAUAUAUUAGGUUGGCAAAUACUAUACAUC